AUGGCGACUACCACCCCUGUUGUUCUGAUCAGUGCUGGCAGUGCCGGCUUGGGCGCUGCCACCGCGCGGCUGUUCUGCAAGAGCAGCUACCGGGUGGUGAUCAACUACAGCAGCAACGCCGAGAGAGCCAAUAAUCUGCUUGCAGAAUUCUCGAAGCUCUCGACGCUACCUUCGGACCAGCGCGGCAAUGCCUUUGCUGCCAUCAAGGCCGACCUGGCCGACCGCAACGACAUCAGCCGACUUGUGGAUCAGACGGUAGAGAAGAUGGGCCGAUUAGAUGUCGUAUUUUCGAAUGGUGGUUGGACUCAAAUCCGGGACAUUACGAGCAUCGAUGAUAAUGUAGUCGAGGAUGACUGGGACCGGUGUUUCAACAUGAACGUCAAGUCACACUUGUGGCUCAUGCAUGCAGCGAAAAAGCACCUCGAGGAAACCGAGGGAGCUUUCAUCACAACAGCAUCAGUAGCCGGUGUAGGCCAUAGCGGCAGCUCCUUCGCCUAUUCUGUGACCAAAGCCGCCCAGAUCCAUAUGGUUAGGGGUCUAGCCAUUAUGGCAGCACCCAAGAUCAGAGUGAACAGCGUAUCACCAGGCUUGCUUCUUACUGAAUGGGGUAACAAAUUUGCCGACGAAGCCAAGGAGGCGCAUAGGCAGAAGACGAAGCUCAAGCGUAUGGCGACUGUUGAGGAUGUGGCGGAGCAGGUGCUCACGUUGGCAAGGAACAGAAGCAUGACUGGCGUAAACUCGGUCCUUGAUGCUGGAUUCAGUUUAUAG